AUAUAGUUAAUUUGUUCAUUCAGGAAACAUUUUUGGAGCAUCUACUAAUAGGCAAUUUGCUAGGUACAAAAAAAUGAACCGCAGCUUUUAUUCUUGAAUCAUUUAUAGUCUAGUGGGAGAAAUGGACACAUUAAUAGUUUUAAUAUUCCUAGGAAAAACUGUAAUAGAGUUUCUUGGGAGCUCAGGAGGGAGUUCAUCCUAGUUCUGUGUGUGUAUAUGUGUAUUUGUGCGUGUGUGCAUGUAUGAGUGUGUGCGUGUGUGUGCGUGUGUGAGCAAGAGGUGGUAGAAAGGUAGUAAGAGAGUUGUCACUGGACAGGGAAAGUCUUCCCAGAGAAGAUAAUACUAUUUUUAAUUUACAACUCUUGGGAUAAAAAAAGUAGUAGCUUUUUUUUUUUUUUUGAAUCCUGUCUGAUCACUUUAAGUAGGACUUAGAAAAAGUUUAAUGCCGCUUAUAAUCAGCUUGUUUUCUUUUAUGUUAUGGGAAAAAGUAGGGCUCUUGUUGUACAAAGCCCUUUCUAAUCUUGUUCCAAUCUAUGUGCUGUCCUCAUCUUUCCAGUGUCACCUAGUUUUUAAUCAUAUAAAAUUAUUCUUUUAUGCUGUAAUUGCUUUUGGCUUAGCACCAAGCUUAAGCCUUUUCUUCAUAGCAAAUUAUCUUGGGUUUUCUUUCUUUCAGUAGUGUUUCUUUGGAAAUGUACUGAGCUAAAAUAAAUGUGAGAUGUCAUUUGUAUUCAGUAUUUUUUUUAAUUGUGAAAAUGACCUCUAAUUGUUGAACUAUGUUUGGUCUGGGAGAACUGUGAGUAGACAUGCAUACUCUGAAGGCCUGCUUGACCAGAACUAUAUAAAACUUUAUUGGAAAACAUAGGCUUUUCCUUCCUUUUGUAGAGUCUCUUGUAACUGAACUUGUCCUUGUGGAAAUUUGGAAACUUUGCCCAGAGGCCAUUAAAAGACAAGUUUUUGUGGGUAUCAGGCUUCCUUAUGCUGAUAUGGUCUACACCCACCCAGCUGGUCUCUUCUCUUAAAACUGAGUGCGUCCCUUUUGGGGGCUGAAGAAAUUGGGGUCAGGGCUAUUUUAGGAUUCUCAAGAGAAAUGUGCUUUAGAUCUUUACAAAACACUUUUUUUUUCAGAGAACUUCACUAGAGGUACAUGACAAGAUGUAAAUCCAGUGCUAUUUGAUUGUAAAUCCUAACUUUCCCAGGGGCUUUGACUAAUUUAAUUGCUUUCUACUAGGUUUAUUUGAUAAAAACAACUGUCCUACUACAAAGAAUUUUAUCUGGUCCCAUUGUGGUAAAAGAUAACCUUUCUUGGUUAGGAGUUCCUCAUGUACAGAAACACACUGGGCCUCAUGUGUAAUAGAUAAUUUAGCAACACAGUUGUCAUGUGGCUAUCAUUUUUAUUGUAUGCUUAGUAUGUACCAGGCACUAUUCUAAGCAUUUUCUGUAUAUUAACUAAUUUAAUCCUCACAACAGCUCUAUCAUGAGUUAGCUUUACCUUUCCUAUCCCAUUUUAUAUAUAAGGAAGAAGAUGUUAAGUGGUGAUAACCAAAGAUUUUCAAAUUUCUUUCUUUUUUUUUUUUUAAGAUUUUAUUUAUUUGUCAGCGUGCACAAGCAAAGGGAACAGCAGGCAGAGGGAGAAGCAGGCUCCCCGCUGAGCAAGGAGCCCAGUGCGGGACUCAUCCCAGGACCCUGGGAUCAUGAUCUGGGCUGAAGGCAGACGGUUAAAUGAUUGAGCUACGGAGGCCUCCCUGAUUUUCAAUUUUUUUUUUAUCAAGGAGAGAAAUUUACAUGACAGUAACUAUGCCAACAAGAAAUAGUUCCAGGAAAACUAGCUAAAGCUAGUUUUGUACCUAGCCCUGUAUUUCUGAAAUAGGUAUAGUCAGUCUGGGCUUAUAAAUCUUAUGCUUACAAAUCAUAGGUCCUAGGGGCCCCUGAGUGUUGCAGUUGGUUGAGCUUCUGACUCUUAGUUUUGGCUCAGGUUGUGAUCUCAGGGUGACAUCGAGCACUGCAUUGGGCUCUGCACUCAGCAUGGAGACUGCUUGAUACUCCUCUCCCUCUGCCACCGCCCCCCCACUCUUUCUCUCUCUCAAAAUAAAUAAAUAAAUCUUAAAAAAACAAAACAAAACAGGCCCUAGAAGAACCCAGAGAACUUGUGAAUCUAUCAGGUUCAACGAACAGAUUCAGAAAAAUUGUAAAACUCCGUGAAUUAUAUGUGAAACAUUGUUUUUAACUGGACCGCUUGUUAAAGGCAAAGAAAGUGUCUGUAAAGAGCUUAGCUGGCUAGAUUAGAAUAAAGAAAUUGUCUCUCCCCAUCUGUUCUAAUUAGCUUAUCUCUUCUGCUUUCAUAACUGUGCUGCUUAUUUCAGAAAAGAAGUGAGAGGUAUUUUGAAAGGACACCAUUUUUUAUUUAAGCUAAUUUAUAAUGGUUUUGGAACGUUUGUCAAUUCUCUAUAAACAAACUUUUAAAUGUUAGACCUUUCCUAUAAUAAUUCGUCACUGGAAGUUUUAAGUCUUUUCGGGUGCUCAAGUUAAGGAUUUUGGCUUCUCCUCAUUCCUUCGAUUUUGGCCCAAAUGAUUAUGUUUCCUCAUUUUGGGAAGAUUUCUCUGGGUAUUUUGAUAUUUGUCGUGAUAGAAGGAAACCUUACAUCAUUAACAGCACAAACCUACAAGUCUUUAGAAGAUAUCCAAGAACCCAAGCGUGCAGUUCCUUUUUUCCUGACUGACUCAGAAUCCACAGAUACUUCUCUUUCUCCUGAAAAGAAACUACCUCUGGACCACAGAGAAAUUGAGAAACAGUGGUUGCUGAGAAGAAGGAGAUCUAUUCUGUUUCCUAAUGGUGUGAAAACCUGUCCAGGUGAAAGUGUGACAGAGGCUGUGGCAAACCAUGUAAAAUAUUUUAAAGUACGAGUGUGUCAGGAAGCUGUCUGGGAAGCCUUCAGGACAUUUUGGGAUCGACUUCCUGGGCGUGAAGAAUAUCGUUACUGGAUGAAUUUGUGUGAGGAUGGAGUCACAACUAUAUUUGACAUGGGCACGAAUUUUAGUCAGUCUGUGGAACAUAGAAGUGUAAUUAUGAAGAAACUGACAUAUACAAAGGAAACUGUAAGCAGCCCUGAAUUGUCAUCUCCGUUUCCUGUUGGUGAUACGUCAACAUUGGGAGGUGCUGUUCUUAGCGCUCCAUAUCCAGGGGUGACCUCCUAUGAAGGUACCUCGGAGAGCAGCAAGGAGAGGCCUGAGGAGAGUAUUAGCAAUGAAAUUGAGAAUGUGAUAGAAGAAUCCACAAAACCAGCAACUGAGCAGAUUGCAGAAUUCAGUAUCCACCUUUUGGGAGAGCAGUAUAGGGAAGAACUACAGGAUCCAUCCACUUUCCACCACCAGCGCCUCGUAGAAGAGUUUAUUUCAGAGGUUGAAAAUGCAUUUACUGGGUUACCAGGCUAUAAGGACAUUCGUGUACUCGAUUUUAGGUCCCCCAAGGAAAAUGGCAGUGGCAUAGAUGUUUAUUAUGCAGUUACCUUCAAUGGUGAAGCCAUCAGCAAUACCACCUGGGACCUAAUUAGCCUUCAUUCCAACAAGGUGGAAAACCAUGGUCUUGUGGAACUGGAUGAUAAACCCACUGCUGUUUAUGCAAUUAGUAACUUCAGAGAUUAUAUUGCUGAGACACUGCAUCAGAAUUUUUUGCUGGGGAACUCCUCUUUGAAUCCAGAUCCUGACUCCCUUCAGCUUAUCAAUGUGAGAGGAGUUUUACUUCCUGAAACUGAAGACCUAGUUUGGAACACCCAAAGUUCAAGUCUUCAGUCCACCCCACCAUCCAUUCUGGAUAAUACCCUUCAAGCUGAAUGGCCCUCAGCAGAUGAAUCUACCACCAGCAGUAUUUCACCACUUGAUUUCAGCUCUGGUCCUCCCUCAACCACUGGCAGGGAACUCUGGUCAGAAAGCCCUUUGGGUGAUUUAGUGUCUACACCCAAAUUAGCCUUUCCCUCGAAGGUGGGCCUCAGUUCUUCCCCAGAGGUUUUAGACAUUAGCAGCUUGACUCUUCAUUCUGUCACCCCAGCAGUGCUUCAGACUGGCUUGCCUGUGCUUUCUAAGGAAAGGACUUCUGGAUCUCACAUACUAGAAGAUGGAUUAAUCAAAGUUGAAGGGUCAGAAGAUUUUCUUUCUGUUCAUCCAUUGCCUUCAAGUCCACUCACUCACCUGGUGCCAAAGGAAACAAUACCAUCUGUUGAAGACUCUGGAGUGUCUUUGACAUCCUCACCGUAUCUGACCUCCUCUGUCACUUUAGAUCUUCUUGCUAAAGAAGUAACUAUACCUUCUGGCUUGGACUCUUUGGUCUCCAAAGUCAAAGGCCAGUUAGAAGUGAGCACUUUGAUGCCAGACACAUCCAUAGAAAAAGAGUUUAUAUUUGAGAGUGGUUUAGGUUCAGGGUCUGGGCAAAAGGUAGAUCAGAUUACUUGGCCAUGGAGUGAGACUUCAUUAGAGAAGAGUUCUGAACCACUGUCUAAGUCAUGGCUUGAAGAUCAGGAUUCACUUUUGCCAACUGAGGGUAUAGAUGAGAAAUUAGUUAUAGAUGACAAAAUAGAUUCUACAGGGCAAAGUAUUGACUAUUUAAAAUAUGGACAUUUUGAUAGAGCCACAAAGUUUGCAGAGGAAGAUCUCAUUGGUGGACCUACUGUGCCCAUCUUUGCAGAGGCCACAACUCAAUCUGCAUCUCUAAUUCUCUCCAAGCAAAUAUCAGAGGUACCUGACAUUGAUUAUUACUCAGUUACCAAAGCACCUCUUCUACUGACAUCUAUAGCAAUCUCUGCUUCUACUGAUAAACCAGAUCUAUCAUUUCUAAAGGAGGAUAUGGAACAAACUACAGAGUCAUCCAACCAUGAAUGGUUUGACAACGAGAUUUCAGUAAUGAAGCCAGAUACGCAACAUUUGGGGACCAUAUUGCCAGAAUCAGAUGUAGCUUGGGCAAGAACUUCUUCCCUAGGGAAAUUGUCCAGAGGCACAUUGGCAAGUACACCACAGAGUACUGACAAGCUCUGGUUGAAAUCUUCCAUGACACAGUCUACCAAAUUGUCUCCAACCACAAGCUCCACCCUGCUAGAGGAUGAAGUAAUUAUGGGUGUUCAGGAUAUUUCAUUGGAACUGGACCGGAUAGGCACAGAUUACUAUCGGCCUGAGCUAAUCCCUGAGGAAAAUGGCAAGGUUGAUAGUUAUGUGGAAAUGUCUACAAAUGUUCAUGCCACAGAGAGGGCUGUUGUGGUGCAGCCCACAGAAGGAGGUGACUUGAGUCAUACCCAGACUGCAGGAGCUUUGUUGGUCUUCUUCAGCCUCCGAGUGACAAACAUGAUGUUUUCGGAAGAUCUGUUUAAUAAAAACUCUUUGGAGUAUAAAGUACUGGAGCAAAGAUUUUUGGAACUGCUGGUUCCCUAUCUUCAGUCAAAUCUCACAGGGUUCCAGAAUUUAGAAAUCCUGAACUUUAGAAAUGGCAGUAUUGUGGUAAACAGCAGAAUGAAGUUCAUGAAGUCUGUCCCUCCUAAUGUCAACAAUGCUGUAUACAUGAUUCUGGAAGACUUUUGCACCACUGCCUACCAGACCAUGAACUUGGCUAUUGAUAAAUACUCCCUUGAUGUGGAAUCAGGUGAUCAAGCCAACCCUUGCAAGUUUCAGGCAUGCAAUGAAUUUUCUGAGUGUUUAGUCAACCCCUGGAGUGGAGAAGCAGAGUGCAGAUGCUACCCUGGGUACCUGAGUGUGGAAGAACUACCCUGUCAGAGUCUCUGUGACCUACAGCCUGACUUUUGCUUGAAUGAUGGAAAGUGUGACAUUAUGCCUGGACAUGGGGCCGUUUGUAGAUGCCGAGUGGGUGAGAACUGGUGGUACCGAGGUGAACACUGUGAGGAGUUUGUGUCUGAGCCCUUGGUCAUAGGAAUCACCAUUGCCUCUGCAGUUGGACUUGUCCUCGUCUCUUCUGCUCUUGUCUUCUUCCUUGUCAGGGCUCUUCAGGCUCAUUCUGUUAGGAGAGAAACAGAGAGGCCCAUCAGGCAGCCCGACAGCCUCUCAUCCAUUGAAAAUGCUGUGAAGGACAAUCCCGUGUAUGAAAGGCAUGUGGCCAGACCCCAGCAGUAUGAGGGAGCCUAUCCUCAGCACCCCUUCUCUAGUUCUGCAGGUGGAGAGAUGAUUGGUGGUCUGAGCAAGGAAGAAAUCAGGCAAAUGUAUGAGAACAGUGAGCUUUCCAGCGAGGAAAUUCAAGAAAGAAUGAGAAUUUUGGAACUGUAUGCGAGUGAUCCUGAGUUUGUAGCUUUUGUGAGAGAACAUCAAAUGGAAGAGCUUUAAUCAAAACUUCUAUUUUGAAACUGAUCAGAAGCCUAGAGAAGAUGGAGAUCACUUGCUACCAAUGUCAUAUGAUUAACCUGGAUUUUGAACUCUGUUGAAAGAAGAAUUUUCUACUGAAAAAAAUUGAGUUUGGGGACCAAAUUUUUUUUCCAACUUAAAAUUUUAGAAUGUAGUAAGAGAUGUGAUAAUUUUUAUAACUAUAAAGACCAAAAGCUGUAUUUAAAGAAAUUGAAAACUGUAUGAGUUCUGGGAAAUAUUAACAAGGAAAAAAUGGCCUGGGAGUUGGAGCUGCAUUUGCUCUCUACUUCUGAAUCUCUGAAGGUGUAUCUCAGUAACUGUGGCUCAGGUUUUCCCAGAGGAAGAUAAGGCAAGACUCUUACAGGAGAAGGCAGGCUUAGUAAGUGAAUAUUUUGUAGUAUGUUUGUUAUUCUUAGGUGGAAUGAGAAGCCUUUGAAGUAGUUUUAAUAUAGUUUGUAGUCAAACAUUCAUCUAAAUAAAAAAUAUUAAGUUUUUUUGGCAAUUAGACUGCUGGAGAAAAAACAACCUUUUUGCUGCAAUAUAGAGUUAAGUUUGUGCUCUAAGCUUCUACCAGAGUUUUGAAUUUCCUGAGCAUGUGAAUCAAGACCACAUUAUUGUUAAGUAUGUCAGUAUCCUAUUUUUUUUUUUUUUUUAGUUGUCAAGGAAAACACAUAUGUAUAAUGUUUAAUGGGUUCCUGUUAGACUACAGAUGAAUUUAAUCAUGUGGACAGGGAGGGAGUGGGCAUUGGGUCAAGUGCACACCACUGAGAAUAUACUUUGCUGAUUGGUGGGUGGACUGAGUCCAACUAACGGGCUCCCUGACUCUUCUUCUGCUAUCUCAUGUGUCCUAGGCAAGUCCUGAAUCUUUUGUAGUUCCUGGUAUAUUAAUUUGGAAAGCAGCACUAACUACCUCACAUAGUAUAGGUUAGCUUGUUUACAUUGCUUCUCCUUAUGUAAUAGCUCUUGUCUAAAUUCAUUUCUGCUUAUAAGAAACAUGACAGGACUUGCAUUGCAAUUAAAAUUUUUAAAAACUAUAUAGGUAGGAAAUGUCCACAUAUUAUAUAAAUUUUAAUUGAAAAUGGAAGUUUUCCUCUUUCUCUCUAGUAUGUUUUCAAAUGGGUAGCUUUGGAGGGGGCAAGGAGAGGGCCGAAUAAUCUUCGCUAUUAAUAUCAAAUUGCAUAUACAAAUAGCUUAUUAUUAAUACAGUUAUUUUAUGUUAGAUGUCUUCAUGUUUGCCAAAAACAAUCUUGAACAUUUUGAUUUCUUUCUGACCAGAUAUAAUUAACCAGGAUAGAUUGACUGUAAGAUAAAAUACUUGGUUCUCAUUUUUUUUUUUCUUAACUUGAUGAUUGCCAAUGUCACUCAUUGUGGAGACACCCAAAACUAAAUCUCUGAGUACGUGGCUCAGUAAAGCUAUCCAGGUAGUUUGCCAAGUAUAUAUGGUGUGUGUUUGUAUGAAGGUUCCCAUAUCGGUAUUCCUUUUCAUUUCCUACUCACUUAAUGGAUUUUCUACAAGUUCAGUGUAGAUACAAGCCACUGCUGGGAUGUUUUCUUUUGGGCUCAUUUGAAAGGACUUGAUAAUUAUCUUUAAAGCAUUAUAAAUGUUGAUGACAUUUGCCACUACUAAAUGCUUAAUUUUAUUUGUAAAACUUACAAAGAUUUCUGUUUAACUUUUUUCUGUUUUAGACUUUCCCCCUAAACUUAUAUGUGUUAAAUGAAAAGAAAAUUUGUUUUUAUCACACAUUAACCUUAGAAUGCAACCAUCUGAAUGUCUGCUUGCUGGCAGAGUUCUAUGUAGAUGGGCAUAAAAGGAGUCUGGGGGCAAGUCACCACAUGGGACAGUUAGGAGAAGCACAAAUUAAAAGAGCUAAAGAAGGAUCGUUGUUUUCCAGAAGCCAAGCAGUAAAGUGGGAAUUUGAGAAUUCUGACAUGUCUGUCUGUGCUUCCCUUUUAUACGACCUUUUCGUACAAGAGUAAAUCAUUCAGCCCUACAUGAAUGUCUGCUCCACACCUAUUAAAUAGAAGAAUAAAGGAACUCCCAUACUCUCAGGGAGAGACUUGGAAGCCUCAGUCCAGGAAUAACAACUUCUGCCCUACUCUUGCUGUAGCUGAACCACAGCGGGAAAGAUCAGACAAUGUGGUUUCCAUGGUGAAGAUCCAUAGGGCUAAAGGAUCUAUUGCUCUGACAGGGCAGAGGACACCGGAAGAGCUUCUUUUUAAAAGAGCUUUCCCUGAGGCAGUUUAAUGGCAUAUUCAUGGUAAAAGUAUAAGGGCUAAACUCUCCUUUAGGUUGUGUGAGUAUUGGAACAUUCUCAUUAACCUAGUAAUAGAGUAUUUAAUAAAAAUAUCACCUUAUUUGAAAACAAUAAAAUGCAGUUAGCACUAAAAGUGCAUGCUGAAUAACUCACACUUUUUUUUUUUUUUUUUUGGAUUCAUAAAGUGCUUUGGAGUCUUGUAUAUAUAGCCUUUAUCACUGAGUGUACAUACACAAUUACUGUUUUCCUGGGUCUGGAUGAAGGAGAAUUUAUUUGAUAAAUAAGACUCCAUUUCUACCAUGGCAAAGUUUUAAGGGUAUUUGUUCACAUUUAUGUGCCCUAAAGUCAUUUACUACUUAAUAAAACAAGUGUAGGUUUUACUGGAUUUUAUUCCCACUUCUUUGUUUUUUCUUCUCCAGUAUCUAGUUACUAUGGGUUGGUGGCUCCCCCUUUCCCUCCCCUUUGUUACCACAUAGUGAAUUGUAAUGUAGUUGAACAACCUGACUUAAUAGUACUUGUGACAAAAAGAUGGGAAUUGCACAAAUACUUUUUGUAGGCCCUAAAAAUAUGUUGGCUCAAAUGGUACCCGAAUUAGUUAUUCAUUUGUGUGCUUGUUUUAUAAGUUUGCCUUACAUUUCAUGAUUUUUAGGCAGCUGGUAUCAUUGUGUCAUUUCCAUGUUUUCAGUAAGGGAUACUCUGACAUCUAUCAGUCUGUGAAUCGCAUAUUUAUUUUGAAAUGGGAAGAAAAGGCAACAUAUUUAUUCUGUAAGGAAAUAGCUGAUUUAGGAGAAUAACUUAUCUUUAUUAAAUUGAGAUGUUUUAACCUUGAAAAAUAUGGGUCAGUUUCUUUUUUUUCUUUUUUUCUUUCUAAAAUGUCUCUAACAAGUCCCUGUAGGAAUGGGUGGGACCAGCCUUCCUCAUUUACAAUCCAGCUGUGAUGAGUAAUGGAGCCUAGCUCAUUCUAUUCCCUAGUGUGUAAUAAAUGUGGAAAAACAGUGUGAAGGGCACAAUCCUCAAAUCAAUUGUGUUGUGUUACAUAAAGGAUCCUGGCUGGAGGUGAUAGGGUGGGAGGGUACCAGAAAGUAAUUGAUGAUGUAAAGAAUCUGCCUGGGAAUUAUUUUGACUAAUGUUUUUUAUAACAUCUUACACUACUAUGAGUUAAUAAGAUGCAGGUUAAACCACUCUCCGCAGGGUAGUUAAGCACAGAUUAAAACAUUCCACUAUGAAAUUUGCAGCUAUGACCUAGAUUAAAUGACCCCUUAUUCUGGCUUUUCUCUUUUUCACUUAUAUUUAGUUAUUUCUUUAUAUAUUAAGGGUAUAAAUAGGAAAAAAGUAAAUGUGGUAUUAGACAAAAAAAGGCAUAAUUAUUUAUGUGUCAGAAUUAUGAUUCUAAAGUGAUUGUGUACAUGCCAUAAUAUAUAUUGAGUAUGGGGUAUGGAUAAUGAAAGAUUCUUCUUUUUUAUCUUGUUUAUGACAUGUUAUGUAAAGUAUAGAUCAGGUAAGUUCAUGUUACUGUACUGCUUUCUUAAAAUGCUCUAGUCUUAAUG